AGAGAGCUGUCUGCUUCAAUUACUGCCGCGCGGUGGGCGCCCGUUCACUUCAGCUGUGAGAGAGCAGCUCCGAGCGGGGAGAGCGCAGCCGAGCAGCCGGGGAACAGCCUCCGCACACAGGCACCACGGUCCGCAGGCCAGCCCACCCGACUCUCCCAGCUCCGUGUGGGCAGCGAGGAAGCGCUCGUUACGGAUAACCCGUCCUCUCUUCAGGCUUGUUUAUGGUUUGGACUGAAGAACUCGCCAUGUCUCGAACCGACGAGGUUAACCGCGUUACGGAGAAUAUCUACAAGACAAUCAUGGAGCAGUUCAACCCCUGCUUGCGGAACUUCGUGGCGAUGGGAAAGAACUACGAGAAGGCCCUCUCCACUGUGACGUUUGCAGCCAAGGGCUACUUUGAUGCUUUGGUGAGGAUGGGAGAGCUGGCAAGUGAGAGCCAGGGAUCCAAAGACCUAGGGGACGUGCUGUUUCAGAUGGCUGAGGUUCAUCGGCAGAUUCAGGUGCAGCUAGAGGAAAUGCUGAAGUCCUUCCACACUGAGCUGCUCUCAGAGCUCGAGAAGAAAGUAGAUCUGGAUGCUAGAUACCUGACUGCGGCUCUGAAGAAGUACCAGAUGGAGCACAAGAGCAAAGGCGAGAGCCUGGAGAAGUGUCAGGGUGAGCUGAAGAAGCUGCGUAGGAAGAGCCAGGGCAGCAAGAACCCAUCCAAGUACAACGACAAAGAGCUGCAGUUUGUGGAGACCAUCACCGGUAAGCAGAGCGAGCUGGACACCUUCAUCGCCGAGGGCUACAAGACGGCACUGUCGGAGGAGCGCAGGAGAUACUGCUUCCUUGUGGACCGCCAGUGCGCCGUAGCCAAGAACAGCAGCGCCUACCAUGGCAAGGGUAAGGACCUGCUCACGCAGAAGAUUCCAGUCUGGCAGCAGGCCUGCUCUGAUCCCAACAAGCUCCCAGACAGGGCCAUGGUGUUGGUCCAGCAGAUGGCAUCCGGCUCCAGCACCCUCCUGUCCAGCCCCCUGCACUCCUCCAAGGGCAACCUGGUCAUCUCUGAUCCCAUCCCCGGAGCCCAGCCCUUGCCUGUGCCUCCCGAGCUGGCCGCCUUCAUGGGCAGCGGCCUGGGCCACCAGGGGACUUUACAGAACUCUGGCAAAGAUCUCAUUACGGAUCGUUCUGGCACCCUUCGCUUAAGAGGUUUUGACUUUCAGAGGCUGAUGGGGCCCGAUGGCAUGUCUCUGGUCAACGGGACAACAGGCAUGCAGGGCGAGGAUUACUGGACCGAGGCAGGUGUGCCGCAGGGAAGACCCGCCUCCCCGCAGCCCCAGUCUCAGCCUCAGCCACAGAGACAAGUCAGCGACGUUUACUCCAACACCCUGCCUGUCCGCAGACCCCAGCCUGCCAAGAACAAGACCUCCGUGGGUGAGACGCGGACUCUGCCCAGGUCCAGCUCCAUGGCAGCAGGGCUGGAGAAGAAUGGACGCUCGCGUGUUCAGGCCAUCUUCUCACACGCUGCUGGAGACAACAGCACACUGCUGAGCUUCAGUGAGGGCGACAUCAUCACACUGCUGGUGCCCGAGGCCCGGGACGGCUGGCACUACGGAGAGAACGAGAAGAACAAGAUGCGAGGCUGGUUCCCCUUCUCCUACACACGAGUGCUCCCUGAAAGUGACAAUGACAAGCUUAAAGUGAAUCUGCACCACGGAAAGAGCAGCAGCACGGGGAACCUGCUGGAGAGAGACGACACGUCUCUACCCAUGCCCGACUACGGCCUGACCGCCCGCCUCCUGGCCCAGAGUCUCACACAGAACCGCCCGCGCCCGUACAGCAUGGCUGGCUUUACACAGCCAGCAAUUGAGGAUUAUGACAGUCAUUUUGCCACAAGUUAUGGUCCUGAAUUGUCCCGGUUCUGAGUGUGCAGGACCUCCUGACCGCUCCCUGGAGGUCUACCUCAGAUCUAGCAUGAUGGACGACCGCACCGCUCCGCUCUUCUACUAGAGAUGGGCCCACGCUUGGCCUGCUCUCUCUCUCUCUACCGCCCUCUUCUGUUCUGUGUUUGUUGGCCUGAAAGCAACACAUGGAGCCACUGGAGCGCACGAGCGUACGCCUCGGCCUGAAGACUUUCCGGCCUAAAGCCAGUUGGCUUUACUAGCAUUAUUACAUGCAUUACACGCCUGGGAACUUCAGGCUCUGAGAAUUGCGCUUUUUAUUUUCUUUUUCAUAUUAGCUUCAGGAAAAUUGUGUUGAGUAUUGUUGUAUUGUGAAAAAGAAUGAAAUGUAGUGAAUUAUUUGUAUAAUAAAUGAUAUGUUUGAAAAUGCCAACUUUAAUCAAAGCCUCUACAAGAGAAACUACUAGCUUUGUUUAUGGGGAUGCUCUUUUUUUUUUUUUUUUUUUUUUUUUUUUUUAGAUCAUUGCUCUUAAUAAUUCAGUGAUUAUGCAUCAUUUGUGUUGCUUGAUUUAGGCUUUUUUGAUACUAAAAUCAGUAAAUAGAUACAUGAGAACAAAAAGUACAAUCACAUCCAAGAUAGGAUGGCUUUUUUUUUUUUUUUUUUUUAAGUGUAAUUUAAGUAGAAGAAGAAAAAGUGCUAAAGGAACAGCUUGACCAAACCGUGCUAAUGUGGCAAUGUAACAGUGAAAAUAUAGAAAACCACCAGUUGGCAUCAAUAUUUAAUUUGUGAAUUACAUAAGAAGUGGUGGCUGUUAUUUUUUUUGUUUUGUUUUGUUUUUAGCAAUGUUAGCGUCUUUUGUUUGACCAUUUAAACUGUUCCUUUAAGUGUUCUAGUAUAAUAUAGUACACUUUAUUUUCAUUUUCCCUUUCUGUUGUUUGUACUUUAUCCAUCAUAUAUAUAUAUAUUUUUAAUAUAUUUCAUUGCAAUAAGUCUUAGCCGUAGCCUUCCAUAUCUUCGCUUUGCCAAUGGAGGAUAAUUAGCGCUUGCAUUUUUAGAGCUUUGGGUCUGUAUAUAAAGGAUAAAUUACUGGUACUGAUUUUGUUAAUUUUCGUCCUCACUCUCUCUCUGUUAUUAUUAAGGUUCACCUCUCUCAUGCGUCUGCACUGGGGCUGUGAAUAUUGGCAAGAACUAUCGUGGCAAUACGAUACGUAGCACCUUACAGGGGAUACAAUACAAUGCUGUAUAUGUUGCAGUUAAAAAAAAAAACUAAAUAGAAAACAUAUCUGUACAAUGCUUAUGCAACCAGAGUAGUGGGAUUUAACUUCAGAAUACAACACUGCCUUCUAGUGGUCAGGGUUUUAACUCAACACUAAAUGAACCACUGUCUGCUUCCUUUACAUCUUUACAUCUAAACUAAUAAUUCAAAAUCCAUACUCUGUUUGAGAAUCGAUACAGUAUUGCAAAACAAAAUAUCACAAUACUUUGAUGCGUUGAUAUUUUUUACACCCCUUUUCUGUACCACAAAUCAUUUCUCUACUGUAGGGAGUUUGUUAAUCAUUUAUUGGUGUUUUAUGGGAAUCCAACAGAUAUAAUCUGUGUAUAGAGUCUGUGUAAAAUUGAUUUAAUUACAUUAAAAAAAUAGAAGUGCUAAAUAUCAAUACAGUAUAAGACAACUGCUUUUAAUACUUGGAUCUUGGCUUGUAAUGUCUGCAGUAUAAAAUCUGAAUUACACUUGAAAUUUUCUACCUAAACCUUGGAAAUCCAUAUAUAGCUUCAUUUACAAAUUUAGCUAUUUUUCUGCACUAGUGGAUCUUUGAAAAGUUACUCUCAAAAUGUGAAACUCCUAUAUGAUAUGGAUGUACUACACACAAAGUGAUCUCCAGACCAUCACUGAUUGGUGGAAACUUCACACUAGACCUCAAGCAGUUUGGACUGAGUGUCUCUCCACUCUUCUUUCAGACUCUGCUCCCUUGAUUUACAAAUAAAAUGUAAAAUAUUCUGAUAAUCAGUGAUGGUUUGUUUGGAGAGACAUGUCAUCUGCUGGUGUUGAUCCACUGUGUUCUAUCAAGUGCAAAGUCAGUGCAGUGUUGUCCACUCUGCUGACAUUUUUUAUGAAGAUGUGGAUUUCAUUUUCCAGCAGGAAUUGGCACACUGCCCACAAGUAAGACCAAAAGUACCAAAGUCUUAUAUAAUAUUCAAAUUUUCUGAGAUACUGAUUUUUGGGUUCUCUUAGGCUGUAAGUCAUAAUCAUCAACAAUAAAGAAAUAAUAAAAUAAAUAAAUGCCUAAAACAACUGCGAUUAUGAAAUAAAGUAACUUUUCAAUGAUAUUAAAAUUUGUGAGAAGCAUUGUAUACAUUGUUCUUGUACAGAAUAUUUUCCAUUGGCAAAAAAAAAAAAAAAAAAAAAAUCAGAAACAUGCACCACCAUGAGUCUGUGCCUUCUACUGCUCUGUAAAGUUCUAGCUGAGUUGAGGCAAAAGGGAAAUCAAAUCAUUUAUAUAAGAUUUUUUUUGUAUCAUUCGCUUAAUAUUAAUAUGGUUUCAUUUGGUUUGUUUUGUUGCUUUAUACAAAUUGUCUCAAUUUUAAGUGUCUUGUAUAUAGUGUCCUUUUUGUUAGAUUAAUAUGGCUUAUCUUAAUUAGUUUGAGUUUGUUCAGGAAUACAUUUGGGCCUAUGUAAAGUGUAAAAAAAAGUGUACACACAUACUUCUUAAGACAUUAUCAUGAUUAUUAUUAUUACUACUACGGUUAGUGUAAAUACAACCCAUUUUUUUUCUCCCAACCCAAAAAGAAGUCAAGUGUUUAUUUCAGGAAUGUUUUGACCACUGUAGACUUUAGUCAGCACUGGUACCUUAAAUAACCUGUACUAUGUAAGAUUUGAACUCAUGUCUUUUAGCUGCGAAUGUUUGAUUGUAUGUUUUAAUCUCUUUAAUACACAGGACACGGAUUGUUGUAUUUUUUUUGUCGAAGAAAGAGGUAUUUUUUAGUGGAAAAAAUAGCAGUCGACUCUUCCAUGACUGUACCUGCUGUAAAAAACUGUAAAAAUGCUUAAAAUUUUAUUUCACACAUCAUCGAAAAAAAGUGUGGGAUUGUCAUACUGUUUGGAGGGAAAGUAAAAGUUAACAGGAGCAAUAAAUUAUAAGAAAUGUAGAUUGGUAUGGAUAUGGCUUAUUUUUGGUCAUAUUUAUCGAGCUGCACUUUAAGAAGUAGUGUGUAAUGCUUGUGUGACAUGGCAACAUGCCAGACGUCUCAGCAUGAAGUUGUAGAGGUUCCUAAUGCCGUCCAGAGUUCCUGCAGAUUUUGCGGUAGGGGUGUAAGAGUGUUGAUAACGCAUCUUGUAGUAUCUUAAACAUUUUUAUUCAAGGAUAGGUCUGGCCAUGUGUUAUGGGAAGCUGCUGAGAUGCUAUUAAACUCUCUAUCAACACUCCAUUCCUGAACAUUUGAGCUGAUUAGGAUGCGUUAUCACAGAACGCCAUUAGGAACCUCUACAACAACAUGCUGAAAUGUCUGGCAUGUUGCGUUACACACAAUUUCUGUAUUUGCAGCUUAAAAAAAAUACAACCAAGAGUUGCAUAUCCAUAUCAGUCAACAUUUUUUAUAAUGUACUGUUCCUGGUAAGCUUUAUUUUCUGAGUGCAACAUUUUUUUUAUGACGAGUCGGAUUGUUUUAUUUCUGUACACUACACAAAAAAUACUCCAAUAAAUAAAAAAAAAGUUUAGAUUUGCAUAAGUUUUUAAAGACUACUGCUACUGCUUCAUACAGAGUAUAUAAAUAUAAAGUUCAGAGCGUUCCUGUAUUCACAGUAGUGUCGUAUACUGGCUGCAUUUGAGAGAGCACUCACAGCUAGAGAGGAAACAAGGUUAUCGAAUCUUAUUGGAGAUGUGUGAAACUGUUUCAGGAGAGUGUGUUUGAAAGUGUAUGUGUGUGUGUGAAAAGCUGAAAUAGGCCUAUUUUUUUCAGUCUGUUUUGGCUUUUUGUCUCUGUUCUGUUCAUUCUUAUUUAUGUUCCUGAAUUUUAUGAAAUCCUUUUUUUCUGUGUGUUUUUCUUUGUGAAAUAAAAUGAAUGAAAACAA